GCAGUCAGAGACCCUUGUGCAUGACGACAGAUUUGUUCUAUGGCCUCAGAGUUGGGUGCCGGGGACGAUGGCGGCUGCACUGAGCUGGCAAAGCCCCUCUAUCUUCAGUACCUGGAGAGGGCCCUCCGGUUGGACCACUUCCUGCGACAAACAUCAGCUGUCUUCAACAGGAAUAUUUCUAGUGAUGAAAGCGAAGAUGGAUUGGAUGACAGUAAUCCUUUAUUGCCCCAGUCUGGGGAUCCCUUAAUACAAGUUAAACAAGAAACUCCAAAUUCAUUGCUUGGUGAAACUUCCAGAGCAAGUAAUUCUGGAAUGUUGAACGCAUACUCGCUAAAUGGAGUCCUACAAUCAGAAUCAAAGUGUGACAAAGGGAAUUUAUACAACUUCUCUAAAUUGAAGAAAAGCAGAAGGUGGUUGAAGAGCAUUCUGCUAAGUGAUGAGUCCAGUGAGGCAGAUUCUCAGAGUGAAGACAAUGAAGAAGAAGAAGGAGAAGAGGAAGAAGAAGAAGAAGACGACGAAGAAGCAGAAGCAGAAGAAGAAGAAGGAGGAGGAGGAGGAGAAGAACUCAAUCUCAGCAGAGAAGAACUUCAUAACAUGUUGCGGCUACACAAAUAUAAGAAACUUCACCAGAAUAAGUAUAGUAAAGACAAAGAGGUAAGAGUUUAAAGGGAAAUCUCAGAA